CUCAACCAUCAUCCCGAGGACGAGAAGAAAGAUGGCGACGGCGGAGGAGUUUUUCAGUUUGCAGAGAGAUUAUUGGGAUCAAGUAGCCGAAAACGAUGGUUUCGAUUUAGAGAGUGUCUCAGUACCGUCAUCUAUGAUUGGAAGGAUCACUGGACUGAUUCCCUACGACUGCGUAGGUCAGCUUUAUCCUUAUCCUAUCUUGGUCAAUCUUUAUGCUAAGGCGGGGCUUCAUCGUUACAAUAUGUUGCAGGGGACAAACUUCAAGCUCGCUUCCCUGAUAAAAUUCAACAUGUUACAGAACUGUGUGUCCUCUUUCUACAUGACCCUGCUUGCACAUGAUCCAGCUGAUAGCUCGUUGGAGAAAACCUUUCAGGUUCAAGUUGAUGAACAAAAAUAUGGCACUUUGGAUAUGGGGGUCUCCAUUGCUAGACCUAAAGGCGAAGUGACCAGCGAGAAGCCCUUCAUACCUCACUCUUAUGGUGGCGCAUUCGCUGAUGAUGAUAUCUUCAAAGGUGAAUUGCCUGAUUGGCCCUCAGAUGGUGAUUUAAAAGACGAAACCCGAUUUUACGUGGUGAAGGAAUCAGAGUGGCGAGCCACUGAUUGGAUUUUUAUGUAUUUGGAACUUGCAGUUUGUGCUAAUGAUAGGUCCAUCACUGAUAUGCGUCAAAAGACCGAAGUUAUGUCCCAGUUAGAGAUUGUGAAAGUGGCUAUAGAAACUGCUAAUGGAGAUGUGGAGCCGCCGAUUGAGAGACUCAAAGCCAAAAGUGCAAAUGUGUACAUAACCUUUAAGGGCUUGGAAGAGCCUCGAGCCCCUCGGCGGCUUUUUGAGGUUGGUGUGGAUCUUGAACGCAAAGCUAUAGUUAGAAGAGUCAUAGAUGAGCAUACAGGAGACUUGAAGCUCGUUGGUAAGCUUUGUGGUGGUCAGUAUCACAAAAGGCCUUGGCUAGCUCGCCAGAAGAGAGAAGAAACCCAGAGUUGUGAAAAGCGAGCUCGCUUAGGCUAGGUGGCGGCGUUUAGCUGGUUUUUGUUUUUAUGUUAAAACUAUAUAUUAGCAUGUACGUGUGUCCUUUAUUAAUUAGGAGGAUCCAUUUGGUUUUCCUUUUCAUUUCCCAUAUUAAAUAAACCCUACAAACAUAUACUA